AUGAUUUAUCAGCGGGUUUAACGGUCGCACUCGUACCGCGCUAUCAAGCUAAAGUGGACGCUGCGUCUGUAAUCCCUCACGGUGAUUCAAUCCGCAAAAGUGGAUCGUGUUCGCGGUCCAUCGGGCAAUCGAAACCUUCGCUCGUGUUCGGUGUGGUUCACGAGAUUACCUCAUACGUGUCUAUCAAAAUACCACUCAUACUCAUCCGCAUGAGCACUCAUUCGAAUCUCGUGCACGCGGAUUUGGAGAUGUACAGAGGUGCGCUCGUCCAGCAAGAGAUGUAACGAAAGCACGCGUAUCGAUCGAAAUCGAAUAACAAAUUAUCUUGAUAUCUCAGCCAUCUACACACAGCUGUCCGAUUGUUCAUCCUACGACCUAGCAAUUACACGAGCAACAGUGAUUGAACUGAAAGAAGAGACCCAAUCUGACGGAGCAUGACGCGCGAUUCGUAAGGGAUUGGUGGGAAGGAACUGCGGUGACACACCCGCCGGGAAGGGACCUCGCGAAGGGUCCUACGUGAGGAUGCACCGAGUCCUCAGCUUCCAGAUGGCCCGCGGCAUCGACGAGUCGAGCGAGUACGUGACGAAGCGGCUGUGCUUCUCGUUCCUCUUCUCCGUCGGCUUCCUCUGCCUCCUCUGCGGCUUCCUGCUGGGCCGCUUCGCUGCUGAACGCUCGAUGGAGACUCAGGCGCAGAAAACGCGCGCGGAACUCGCGGGAAACGGCCUGCGGAACACGGAGCACCUCCAGCAGCUGGCACUCCGGGAAUUGGCGGAAGCGUCCUUCGACCGCGCGACAGACUGGCAGACGGCAGACUCGAUAGAUAAUAACGCGCGACGCGUCAGCGGAUUCUUUUCCAACUUGUCGUUCGUUCACGAAGUGAGCCAUCGUGCGUCCUGCGUUCGGGCGAUUGUUCGCGGCUCGCGGGAACCAGAUAGAUAUGUCAUCUUGUCGGUUAACGGGGACGGUAUCGCCGUAGCUUUAGAACUGGCGGGAAUUCUGGAUAAAAUUUACACCGCGCACGAGUGGAGACCGCGACGAAGUCUGAUGUUCUGCGUGUCUCUAGCAUCCGAGGACGUUUGUCCGCAAACUCUGCCCAUCUUUGCGCAACGAAGAAUCGUGGCUUGCGUGGCGGUGCAUGGUCACCCUCUAGCUAGCGGCUACGUGACAUUAUCCGGAUCCGACAUCAUGCGAUCUAUCGCAGUCGAAGCCAUCAAGACAAUUGAUGGUAACUGGACAUAUCUCGAGCAUGAAACAUCCGGUCCUCGUCUUCCCCUGAAUACCCCGCAAGUGAUAUUCUCGCUCAAUGAGAGCGACUUCGCACACGACCAAACACGACGUAAUCAGAGUCUGCGAUUACGCGGUACAAUUCUGGCGCAAAUGGCCAGCCAGACUAUAUGGCGACUCUCCGAGAGCACGGUGAUUCGAUGGCAGCCGAGAUACUUUAACGAAACCGUUAACAAACUCUUGGAAUCAAUCAACACUGACAAAUUCCGAGAUGCCAAAGAGAAACUGAAGACUACGUUGAAAACAUUGCUCGCCGCCGUGGAGGACCUUAAUGCAAAAAUCGAUGCGAUGGAAAAUAUCCCAACGUUACGCGCGAGGAUGUGGAAUGACCUGCUACUCGAUUUGGACAAGGCGCUUUUGUGUCCCGAUGAGAACUCGCGUUCCAGAACCGACCUGAUCGAAUUUCGCAAAUUGCUGCAUAAACCUACCGACAACAGCGCGUCUACCUGCCUCCAUGAAAUAGCGAAAUGCUACGAGGACGCUUCGUUAAUCCUGCAAGAAAGAUAGGAAAAUCGAGGGGAAACGUCGAGGAACGUGAAACGAGAGGAGUAUGAAAUAUUUCAAGACACACCACGACCACUCAUCGUUACGAGAUUUCUUCUUGUAACAACGUAUAUUUUUCGAUACUCUUAUCUCGAUAGUUUAUGCAAAGCAACGCGAGUAGAAUACCUUAAAUGUAACUUUACUUAUAAAUUUAACUCACUUGUAAAUUUAAGCGUAUCACAAUCUUUGUAUUAUUAUACAUUAUUAUUAUAUUAUAUAUUAUUAUAAAAUCUCAUAUACUCGCUUCGUUAAAUAUUAUAAAAAUAUCCAUAGCAUUGUACGAAGGAAGCACUUUCGGCACUUGCAUCGCUUUGCAUCAUCACUCUCUCUCUUUCCCUCUUUAUCGUUACGAUUACUGCGCACUGUAACGCAAUAAUUGCGCAGGCAGUUGCAUAUUAUAUUUCUAUCUUUCACAAGUACAAAAAUAGCAUAAUUAUAUUUUCUAAUCACCUAUAUUGCACGUCGUACCUCUUUGUCGCCACAGUGUGGCAGUCAGGUCCGUAAUUCAAAUAUCAGAAAUAAUAAAUAUUGUUCAAA